AUGUUCAUGUUAUUAAUUUUGCAAGCGGUAGCGACAAACACAGCCGGCCUUUGGCGAGAAAGCAUUGUUGAAUGCGGUUCUUAUAUCUCCAAUGAAGGAGAUUAUAGUUAUUCAGGAGAAGAAGACUGUAUGAUUACAGUCCAAGUUCCUUCACACAAAAUAGCUGAAACUAAGCUUUGUAAGGAUGAGUGCCACGAGGCAGCUACUAACGGUAACUAUACCAUCAAUAUUGGGAACGGCAUAAACAACCAGUUGAGUAUUCGUAUGUAUGACGUUUUCUUCAAAAGUUGUGACGAUAUUGCCAAAAACAUUCACGAGUACAAUGGAAAAACAAUUGUGUUACGGAACGAAAAGGGACAAGAAAACAGUUCGAAAGGCGUUACCUGCAAAAUGCAGCUACCAGCGAAUGUUAGAGUUCAUUUGCUAACAUACAACACGAAACGAAGGAAAAAGUGUUGCCCUGAUGUAGUAUUGGGGUCUGGAAACGAGCUAAAUAAGAUUGUAAAGAGCACAAUGUCUGUCUCAGCGUGUGAAAUUGAUAGAGACAAACAAUGGUUGCAUUCAUCUUGCCACUCAACCUGGCUUUACCUCCGGAAUCCGGCCAUUGGCGACGAGCUCAUUUUUCGAAUCGAAGAGAUUGAACUCGAAACAUGGCCGGUGUGCAUUACAAUGCCACCGAUUCCGUUGCACCGAUACACCUGUAAAAAGCGUGAAAGGUUUAAGAAAGCCCGAAGAACGUCAACAUACAGUUUUGAGCCGCGGUUGUUGUUCUCCAGAUAG